GGUACUCGUACUUUUUUGAGAAAUAUAUCAGUCUGAUUCUGGAACUCUUAGCUCAGCUAACAGUAGCAAUUCCGAGUAUUUCCUUGUCUGCUCACUAGCGUCUUGACCUGAUGUAGUACAGCUGAGCAGAAAAUAUAGAGAAUUGAAUCAUUUUACGUGAGCACGUAGAGUCGUAGUCUACGCACCCUGCACAAUCACCACUACAGACUGGGCAACCGUUUUUGCAACAGCGAUCAUGUCCGAUACUGCGCUGAAACACUGGAUCUCCAAGGAGCUGGGGAAAGUGUUAAAAUACGGAGACGCGGAGUCCGAGCACUUGGACGACCAGGCAACGUAUAUUCUUUCCAUUGAGUCCCUGGAGGAUCUAAAAGAGUACAUGUCUGACCUGCUGGGUAGAUAUCGCAAGGGAUCCAACAAGGAUGUGUUUGUAGAACAGCUGGUGCGACGCUGGCACCCUCACGCCAAGUCCGUUCCCGCUCCGGCAGAUAUGGUGGGUUACAGGAAGCAUGACAAUGAAGAAAUGUUGCUUGCUCCGCGCAAGGAACCAAAGACCGGUAAAGUGCAGGAAGGGAAUUCCCCACCGCCUGGCCUCUCGUCGUCGCCUGCAGCACAGCCGCACUCUAAUCAGACGCACUCGCGGCCAACUGGGCGCAAGGCAAAGUCGAUAACAGCGUCAGCACCGCCAGGAUUCGUGAAGAAACUGUCUGAAGCGGUCGCACCCACCACCAGUACUGUGAAGAACGUCAACGGCAGCAAUGGCAGUGGCAAUGGUAGUGGCAGCAGCGGCACCAAGGGUGGCCGGCGAAAGUUUGUUACCAUGACGUCGGCGCGCACCUCGGCACUCCAGGUGCCCGGCCGUCACGUGUGCGAGUGCCAGGCGUCGCGUCACCCGCUGGUCGCCAACUGCAUACGCUGCGGACGCAUCGUCUGUGAACAGGAAGGUGCUGGGCCGUGUUUGUUCUGUGGAGAGCUCGUCACCACCGCAGCCGACCGGGAAGUCCUGGCCAGGGAGUCCAAGCGUAGCGCUAAGCUGCGCGAGAAACUGCAGAGCGUACCCGGAGGUGGAAUGCUGCAGCAGCUCACUCGCCAGCCCGUUGCAGGGAACGGUGACUCAGCUGGUGGCGGAAAUGGCCUAUCGCCGUCCGCUUCACCCGCACUUCGGAAAGCCGAGGAGCUCAAAACGCGCCUGCUGGACUACGACAAGACAAGUGUACAACGCACCCGUGUCAUUGACGAUGAAUCGGAUUAUUUUGCGGCAGACACAAACUCAUGGCUGUCGAAAGAGGAUCGCAAGACGUUACAGGCUCGACAAGAAGAGCUGCACGAGCAACGGCACGCGACACGCAGCCAGCGCAAGGUCACGAUCGACUUUGCCGGUCGCCGAGUGCUCGAUGACGAGGAAUCUAAAAUGAAGCAGUCAGACGCUCUAUAUGGUGGUGAGGAUCCAGUUUUGAAGGCGCUACAGGAUAACUGGAGAAAGCCAACAGCAGCUCCAUCCGCAUCGUCCUGUACAGCCGGCGCCACCACGGAUCAAGACCCGCGGCUGGGCUUAACGAGUAUUGCUAAUCCCACAGUGGAGAAACAGCUUACGUACGUUGAUGAGCAGAAGACAAAACGAACACACCAAGCCGCGCCCAGCGCUAACUCGCACGGUCGAGUGCGCAUCCAGGACAAGGAGCUGCUGGAGAUGAGAGACGAAGGGGCUUGCCUAAGCAUGCAUCAGCCAUGGGCCACUCUACUCGUUGCUGGAAUCAAACGUGAUGAAGGCCGUACUUGGUACACAUCUCAUCGUGGCCGUCUGUGGAUAGCCUCUGCUGCCAAACCAGUCGACCAGCAGGACGUCGACACCAUCGAGUGCUUCUAUCGUAAUCGUCCAGAAGGUAAUGACAUGGUGUUCCCAAAUGAGUAUCCCACCGGUGCUCUUCUCGGCUGUGUGGAUGUUGAAGACUGCCUGGAGCAGACUGAAUACAGGCAAAAGUUUCCAAAUGGCGAGUCCGAGUCACCGUACGUGUGGAUCUGCAGCAAUCCGCGCGAUCUGCUCAUCAAAUUUCCCGUUAAGGGCAAGCACAAGUUAUGGAAGCUUGACGACCAUGUACACAAGGCAGCGCAGAGAUGUCUUCAGUGAAGCAACUAACAUACUACUUAUGUUUCUAGCUACAGUACUCACACGUAAACUCCUUCGUAUACACAAGCAAGGCUUGUGUUAUAUUCUUUCCAAGAUUUUUGGUAUUUUAGUAGCAAAAUUGAUUUGUGUUCCGCAGUUCCGUUUAUAUUCUCCCCUAUUCCGCUCCUGAUUCUUAUCCAAUCACAUUCAUGUGAAAUUCCGUGAAGCAAUAACAUAAUGUCACAUCUCA